GAAGUGCACAGGCUUGCCUUUCUUUUACUUUUUUUUCGAUUUUAGCACACGGAGUUAUUUAUUUAAUCAUCUCAUUUUUUUUACGGAUUAUAUUCCAAGUUCAUUUGGGCGCUCGCGUGCAAGUCGGGGUGAGGCGGCGAUCGCUCCGGAUGUCCGCUUUAAAUUCGGAAGGAUUGCGCAGCGUUCGUCUCGAGCCGUGCACGGCGGUGCCGCUCGUCUCCCCUCCUUCACUUGAACGUCGCACCCCGGACCGGGACAGCGGGGUUUGUCGCGCAGUAACAGAUGGAUGAAUAAAGAAAUAAAAAAUAAUAAAAAUAAACGAAAACAACAAAUCCGAGCGGCACGCGGCGCUUUGAGGGAAAGCAUCGGCCCGGCAGAGCAGUCAGCCCGAUUCCUUUGGACGAUGAACAGCGGUGAUGAUUUUGUUGAAGGUGUAACACAAUCAAACUCGAGCGUUUUUGUGGACUGAAAGGGCAAAUGAAGCCUGAAGUGAAGUUUCCGGAGUGCUACACAUUAAUCCAGCUUUAAUGUCUGAUCAUCUACAAAAUAGUUAAAGAACAUAACCAACUGGAGAAGCUUAUGAAGGCUCAGAUAUUUUAUACUUCAGCCUUGGAGGCACAGGAUGAUUGUCCCGUACUUGGCCGUCGUUCUUGUGGGCACCGCUGUGGCCACAGAAGCGUCUUCUGUAUCGGUGCAGUGUCUUUGGCAACUCUCCUUCCAGAUGGGCAGGACCGUAAACCGCACCUGUGCCCUGUCCACUCCGCUGCCCCCCGGCUGCACCGGCGCAUCUCUGCAACUCCAUGCUGGUUCCUCCAGCGUCACAGCGGGCUUCACUCGAGACAAGAGCAGCAUCUCCUUCACUGGGCCUUCUCUGCUUCAAGUCUUGGGCUGUGUGAUGAUCUGCCAUGGACUGACUUCUCGGCCCCGUUGUGACGCUACUGUCACCCGGCGCUAUUCGGUGUCAAAUCUCCGGUGUUUCUUCACAAAGGAGCUUCAGUGCUCUUGGGAGUACAGCCCUGGCACGCCAGAUGAUGCCAACUUUACAUUUCACCUUAAGAGCAGAUACGAGUGGUCCCUGAAUAUCACCGCACGGAAUACCAGCGUCACGGUCCAGCGAUUCCAUUAUAUUAUUUACCACAAUGUGCAAGUCUGGCUCAGCACCUCGGAUGCUGCAGAAGAGUACAGUUCAGAAACAUUCAGCUUUGACACUUCAAGAAUCGACAAGUUGCCACCUCCAAACAUUACAGAGAUGGACGCCGAGAAUUCCCUGAUAUCCGUUCUUUGGUAUUUCCCUUGUAACGAAGUGCAGGAGAGAAACUGCCGGCUGCGCUACCGAGCCGAUGGUGACAGCUGGACCGAGGUUGAUGGGGAGGAUGUGGGGAUCGAGUACAAUCUCGAAGACCCCCAGCCUUACACGGUGUACUGGUUCCAAGUCCGAUGCACCUGCAAUGGAAACGUGUGGAGCGACUGGAGUGAACCCUCGUCUGUGCGCAGCAUGGAGGAGUCACCAGUCGGACCCCUUGACGUGUUCAUCGAUCUGACAGACAGCCCUGCUCUUGUCUGGAAGACACUACCGAUGAAUCAAGCCAGAGGGAAAAUACUGGGAUAUGUGGUAUGUUUUACGGGCACAGAUGGCAGCAGCGUGAUGGUCAACAGCACCGUGGAGGACUUCAACUGCUCCUCAGAGAAAGAGGAAGAACAGCAGAGAUGGAAUAGUCGUCAAAUUUGCAACAUCCCCUUUCCGGAAAACUGGACGGGCAUGGCCAGCAUCGUUGCGUACAGUGCAGCUGGGAAAACGGAACCCACCGAACUUCUUUUCACUGGCCUCGGCCCUUCGGCUCCUGCGGAUCUGCGAGUACAUGUGGUGGACACUCCACGGGGAAAGGGCUUCACUUUGUCUUGGUGUCCCCCACCGGAUGUCCCAGCGAGACUCUUACAGGAGUAUCUGGUGCAGAGCAGACAGCUGGCCAAAGGUCAGUGCAGCAGUCUGGAGUGGAGGAGGCUGAACACGAGCAGCACCGCCGCCACCUUGAACGGUGACUUUAAGCCCUUUGUCCCAUAUGUGGUGUCUGUCUUUGCUGUGUCCAGUAAGGGGAUCAGCCACCCGGCUUCUUGUCUGGCCUACGCAGACGAGGCAGCCCCCUCAGCUGGUCCCCCGCUGUCAUUCUUCAGUGUCACCACCUCCACUAUCAACGUGAGUUGGGAGGAAAUUCCACUGACCCACAGGAAAGGUUUUAUCCGCUUCUACCAUCUGGCCUGGGGAAAAGUGCAACUGGGCAUCACUCCUGUGAGGGAGCACAUGGUCAACGUCAGCCAGAGGUGGUAUGUCAUCAAAGAUCUAAACCCAAAGGAAAAGUACCAGAUCUGGGUGUGCGGCGUCACAAAUGGACAGGAGGGCAAGUGCAGCACGCGGAUGCACAUCAUGAUAGGGGAUGCCUUUAACCAAGGCCUGCUGGGGUUAUUUGCAUUCAUGUUGUUUGUCUUCAUCAUGCUCAUAGUGGCAAUGAUCUUUCAUCAGAAAAUUCGGGAGUGGGCUUGUCCGUUGAUUCCUGAGUGGUGCUACCAGAAAGUUCCAAAACCAGUCAACUGCCAGCCAGACUUGGAGGAUGACAGUCAUCAUCACAUAAGUUUCAUGCCCACAGCUUUGGGGUCUUCUUUGGGAAACAUCCUGACUGACCUGGAAGUUGUUGAGAGGCCUGUGACUACUGAAGACCCCACUGUCUUGGAGGAGGAGGAGGAGGAGGAUGAAGAGGAUGAGUUGCACAAGGACUACAGCAUGAUGAACAAUUCAGACUUUGUCCCAAUUUCACAGCUGCCAGAGGAGGAGGAGAUGGACUGUGAUUGGAAGCCUGUCAUAUCAGGAUACGAGAAACACUUCAUGCCAUCUCCCGAUGAAAUAUAGCACCAGGGGGGGGUCACAAUUUGAUUGGGGGGGGGGGGGUCCUGUUUGAGGCCUGGAAAGUCCUUUGAGUUAGUCUUCAGGAAGCUCAUUUUUUAAUGCGAUUGUCUACCUCAUGCAGAGAUUCUUCAGUGUGCAGUUGGCAGCCCUAACUGAGAUGCUGAGGUGAAUGUAACAGACAGGGUGAGAGGAAGACCUUGCUUCAACUCGGGGGGGUCCUCCUAAGGCAAUACAGAGUUAUAGUACCCCUACACCAGAGGGGGAAAGACAUGGUCUGUAUAAACGGAGUGGCAGGACUGCUCCCUACUAAUCGGGGCUUCUCCAUCUACAGCAGGAUUGGCUAGGGGCAAUCAGAAGUCUAAGUUUGGUUGUGGAUAAAUAAACGGAGAGGCAUGGCACAUGGCCUGACCAACAGAAAAAGAAGAUGUGGGGAGUGGUGAUAUGCCAUUGCAGCUUAUUAAGUAUUUAUAUAAAAGGAUGACGAUAAGGGAAAGGGAAACCAGAACAGACCUUGCCCAGCUUGAGCAGAACUUUAGCAUUUAGCAUCUUGCAGACAAUCGAACAAGAAACUGCCAUUAUUAUAUGUUGGGUGGGACCUGCCAACUCGGUCAAAACCUUUUAGUAUUUACAAAAACUACAACAGGAAUUUACAUUUUAUGGAAGUCUGACAACAAAAAACAAAUUAAACAUAUGAAGCAUUUUUGCUUUGGGCCCUCCUCCCUCACCCUAACCUAUCGUCUUUGGGUGAGGAGCAAAAGCUUUAGAUUAGUCAAAAAUUUCAAUCUCCGGUUUUCGAUGGAUCUCGACGUUUUAGGGUCUCUUGACACCGAAAACACUGAUAAUCUCGAUGAUGGGUGUCUGUCUGUCUGUGUGUGUGUGUGUCGAGAGUUAAAAUAACUAGACGGAAGAAUACCAAACUGGAAACUUAAACCUGCUAUGAGAUGACGAUGUGCUGAUAUGUUUUUGAGCUAAAUCAUGCAAGAGAAAGAAGCACUCUAGAGGAACCCUCAAAUCCCGUAAUUCUGCAAUUAAUUAUGAAUUCUUUUUGUCAUCUGCUAUCGUAAUGACUUAUUUUAUGAUCAGAAAGAUCAGCAUCAGCGCGGUAAAUAAUUACUGAAAUGUCAUAGAAUCCUUUGGGUAACUUGGUUCUGAGGGCAUAAAGCCUACUGACGCUCACGUCCAAAUUUUAGUUUUUAAAUCCCACAUGUAUAUGCCAGAUAUGUGUGCAAGAGAGAGAGGCUCUCUAGAAGAACCAUCAAAUACCGUCAUUCUGCAAUUAAUGAUGAAUUCUUCUCGUCAAUUGCUAUCGUAAUGACCUAUUUUAUGAUUAGAAAGAUCAGCAUCAGAGCGGUAAAAAAAAUGACUGAAAUGUUGUAGAAGAAUUUGGGUAACUCGGUUCGUAGGGUGCAAAGCCUACUGAUGCUCACGUCCAAAUUUAUAAUUUAUAUGAGCAUUGCUGGUUUUCUGUAAGGGUCUAUAUUGUCUAUUGGUACCAAAUUACCAUAUAUUCUCGUGUAUAAGUCGGGUCUUGAAACCCAAAAAAUCGAUCAUAAAAUCAGACCCCGACUUAUACGCCCGUUCAAAAAUGCGACACUUACAUUUUUUUUUUACAUCUUCUUGCCUCCUCUAAUCUCGCACCAGUUUCUCAGACGCAUCGAACCGUGUUGCAGCAGCGCAGUUACCAAUUUCUUUCGCUACUUCAAUGACGUAUAAUUUAAAAUCAGCUUCAUGUUUUCUUCUGAUUGAAUACUCCAUCGUAGAUACGGGAUGCUCUAAUGAUAAAAGUGUAUGAGGGUGUGAGAUACAAAAAACACAAAACAGUGCAAACAUCGCUUCGGAAUAGGGCGGGUAUUAUCGUGUGGUCACGUAGGCACAAUACAUAGAAAGAAAAGGCCGUGUGCUCCGUGGUUACUCUCUCGGGGGCGUUAGCAUAUCGAAAUCUCUUGGACGAAUAGUGUGAGUUUUCCGCAUUCAACUUACAUGACUGACAUUAUAAAAUACCAGUAACGGCUGUGCAGUGAAUACACUUGACUUGAGCAUUCCUAGUCUUCAUCUGUAUGUUUAUCAUUCAUUUGCUCAGAGGUUGAUGCGCUUGCUGUUUCCUGAGCGGCUCUUCUUUUCUCCACCCUAGCGGCCCGCUGCUUCUCUUCUUCCGUCAGCAUCUUUUCGCGUUAAAACUGAUUUAGUUUUUGUGUUGCAAUUACUUAGUACAUUUUUCUUAAUUUUUUACUUAAGUUAGCACUUCAAUCUGCCACAAGAAUGAUUUAAGAUAUGAAGAGUUAGGGGAAGUGACCGCGAAGGUGGUAGAGAAUGAGAACAGCGCCCGUACGCAUGUGCUGCACAGCCGCCCUGCUGCGCGCUGCUGAGAGUUGAUUGUACAAUAAAAUAAAAUAAAAAGAGGAAUAAAAAUCAUCACCCCGAAAGCGGAUAGUAGACGUCACGUAGUAUAUGUGUACCAAAUUUCAUGUCAAUCGGUGAAACGGUUUGUAAGCUACAGGUGAUUUAAAAUCCUGGACAGACAAAUGAACAGCCACGGUAGCGUAUUAUAUAAGAAGACCGGAAAUUAUUGGUAAAAUCAAGUCCGACUUAUCCACGGGAGAACUUAUCCGCGAGUAUAUACGGUAAAUAAAAAAGGUCAAUAGCUGCCUGUGUCCAGCUUUGUGGCGUACAGUUUCCGUUUAUACCCUUAGGCACACUUCCUAUAAAAACAGGGUGGGUAAACACUGUGACUUUUAGCCUACUUUGUGAGCCCCGGAGUUUCUUUUAUUUCAAAUGGGUGUUAAAAACAGGAGAAAGUCUUUGAAGGAUGUAAAUUUACUAAUUGAAAGUUACGAGAUACAUUCUGACCCAAUCCAAGUG